AUGGAGUCUGCUCUAGUGAUUAAGGUGAAAUAUGGAGAUACCCUCAGGCGCUUCACUGCUCGUGUGGAUGAGAAUAAUCGACUGGAUCUUGACAUGGGUGGGUUGAGAGUGAAGAUAUGUUCUAUCUUCAGUUUCAGUUCUGAUGCAAAUUUUAUUCUGAGAUAUGUGGAUGAAGAUGGCGACAUGGUGACUCUAGUUGAUGAUGAAGAUUUGCGUGAUGUGAUGAGGCAGCAAUUGAAAUUCUUGAGAAUUGAUGUACUUAUGAACAAUGACGGCGGUGCUAAAUCAAAUGCUUGGUCUAGUGGAAGUACCACCCCUUUAAAGUCUCCUGUCACAAACCCACCUCUGGGUAGAAAUGCUACAUUACAUGAGGCACUCUCUAAAUUGUCACUUUCAAAAGCAGCAUCUUCAAGUCCCUUGGUUGAUAAUCUUGCCAAUUCAAUUUUGAAAAUGGGACAAUCUGUUCUAAAUUCUCAUUUUCAUUCUCGUGAUGAAGCUGGUACAAGUUCAAAAACUGGUGUUCCUGAAGAGCCUAUCCCUUCUAAAACUAUAGGUUCUCAAUCUUCACACGUGGACUCAGCCACCAAUGCUACUGUCCAUCGUGAUAAUGCCACCCCCUCAAGCUUUCCUGUUCCAAACCCAACUCUGAUUGGAAAUGCAGUUAAAGUUGACAUCCCAUCUUCCCUGCCUGAGCCAGUACGGGAACUUAUUUCCAAUUUAUUCCAUCCGAAUGCUGCUUCUUCAAGUCAGCGGCCUGAUAAUCUUGCUGAUUUAAUAUCCCUAGUGGGACAUUCUGUUCUAAAUUCUUACUGCCAGCCUCAUGUUGCAACUGGUCCAUUCUCUGAAAAUGGUGUUCCUGAAGGACCAAUCACUCGUGAAGCAAGAGGUCCACAGAUGCAAUCUGUAGAUUUGCCUUCCAAUGCCACUCAACAGGUGGAGGCUGGAAACAUAAGUAGAGAUGUAGCCUCUGCAUCCAAUGCCAGUAAACAAGUGGAAGCUGGGAACGUAAUCAGUGCAACAACAGCUGCAGAAGUAGCCACUGUUGAUCUCAAUAUCCCUCCAUGUGAUCCCUAUUCAUCUCAGUCCACUAAUGUAAAUAAGGAUCCACUUUCAUCAGAAGUUCCUGAUGGUGAUGGCAAGAAGGUUAAAAUCUCGAUUGUCUGUAGUUCUGCUGGUAAGGAUGACAAUGGUGGUCCAUCCUCAAGUCUUGCCGGUCCUAAUAACAGUUCAACCCAGACUAGUUCAUUGAGUGCUGAUGCUUUCUUUGACUGUCCAUUUUCUGGAAUGGAUAUUAAUUCUUGGACACCAAUUUUUGGAAGCGCUCCAAUGCCCCCAUUUAAAAGGAGCCAUCGUCAUACUGAGGCAAUGACUGGUAUGUUCCACAAAGGUGUCCGCUGUGAUGGUUGUGGUGUCUAUCCAAUAACUGGACCUCGUUUCAAAUCUAGAGUAAAGGAAAAUUAUGAUCUCUGCCACAUUUGUUACAAUGAAAUGGGUAAUGGGACGGAUUAUAUCAGAAUGGACCGCCCUGCAUCUGCUCGUUUCCCUCGAUGUGUAUAUGAACAAUCCAAAAACUUCCCAACAUUACCACCACAUAUUUUUAAGAGAAGUUCCAUUUUGAAGCACGGAAGGCCAAAGCUAGAUAGUCGGUUCAUUUUGGAUGUCAAUGUGAUAGAUGGAACAAUGAUGGCUCCAUCUACUGCAUUUACAAAGAUCUGGCGGAUGCGCAAUAAUGGCACAGUAGUGUGGCCCAAGGCAACUCAACUUGUUUGGAUUGGAGGAGACAAGUUUAGUGACUCUCAUUCAGUUGAAUUAGAGGUUCAGGAUGGUGUCCCAGUAGAGAAGGAAAUUGACAUUGCAGUUGACUUUACAGCUCCUAAGAUACCUGGUCGAUACAUAUCAUACUGGAGGUUGGCAACUUCAUCUGGAAAUAAAUUUGGCCAACGUGUUUGGGUACUUAUACAGGUUGAUGCCUCUCUCAAAGACUCAUUCUAUGAUAACUCUCAAGGUCUGAACUUGAAUGUUCCGCUUGAUGUCAGUGGCUCUGCAGGACCUCUGCUUAUAGAUAUCAAUGUUAGGCCAACCGAAGAUGAUACUUUUCUUCAACCCUGUAUUCCUGAUGAUCCCAUUGAACCUGUGAAACAAAUGGUUGAUAAGGAACCAAGGUUGGAGCUGGAGAAGGAAUUCCCGAUAAAUGAAGCUACUUUUGUUGGCCCUGUUGCCUCAGCCCCUGCUGCAAAUUCCGUAGCACCUUCAUCAGUUUCUUAUCCUAUUAUUGAUUUCUCUGAAACAACCCCAGCUGUUGCUGUUCCCUCUAAUCAGCAAUCCUCAACUGUGGAUGUAUCAUCAUCCGCUGGUGUAGGGACUAGUGGAAUUAAUUCUGUGGAAGAGUGUCUACUUAAAGAACUUGAGGAGAUGGGUUUUAAGCAGGUUGAUUUGAACAAAGAGAUCUUGAGGAUGAAUGAGUACGAUCUGGAGCAAUCCCUAGACGAGCUCUGCAGUGUUUCUGAGUGGGACCCUAUCCUUCUAGAGUUACAAGAGAUGGGUUUCCUUGACAAAGAGAUGAAUAAGAGGUUGCUUAAGAAAAACAAUGGAAGCAUAAAACGUGUUGUUAUGGAUUUAAUCCAAGGAGAAUAG